ACCGAAGUGGAGCCCGCCAGCCGUGACUACUGCCUCAUCAUCACCGACGCAUUCAAUUACCCAGUCAUCGCCUGUCCCGUUCAGGCCUUGACCUGAUGGACUGCAUUCCUAUCCCAUACAAGAGCGUGUAGCAGCAGUCAUUCCCAGACAUGGGCACCUGAGAAGCCGAUUCCGAUCACAAUGCCGUCCUCCACUCCGCGUCCGUCCAGCCGCGUGCGCGACAACAGCAGCGCCUCCAUCGACAAGCUCGACUAUCAGCCCGGCGGCAAACCGCUCCUCGCCCCCGAUCAGCACAGCCGCGAUGCGAGCAGCAGUCGUCAGCAGUCCGAAGAGCACAGUUAUGCCGGAAGCUUCUUUUCCGACAUAGCGGAGGGCAUUGCCGACAAAGAUCGCGAGCGCUUUCGCAAGCAGCUCUGGCGGUAUGGGAGCUUCGCAUGGGCAUUGGUAAACACCCUGGGCGCUGGAAGCAUUACAGCCUUCAGUCUCUACGCACCUUUGCUUCAACGGAAGCUGCAUUAUUCGCAGCUGCAGGUGAACGGCAUCAGCAUCACUGCUGAGAUCGCCAUGUACUUGCCCGUGCCAUUGUGGGGUAUGAUGUGCGAUCGCUUUGGUCCAGGUAUUCCUAGUCUAUUGGCAGGCUCCUUUUUCGGCAUCGGGUACCUGCUGGCAGCAUUCGAUUUUCAGAGUGGACCGCCACCAGCUCUAGGAGGCGAAGGAUGGCCCUACUGGGCCAUGGUCAUCGCAUUCAUCUUCAUCGGUUGCGGCACCAGUUUGAUGUACUUGUCUGCCGUUACGACAUGCGCAAAGAACUUUGGAAGAGGCAAGAAUAAGGGCAUUGCGCUGGCAUUGCCCAUUGCAUGCUUCGGUCUGAGUGGCAUGUGGCAGGCACAGGUGGGAAGCAGACUACUGUACGAAACGAGAGCAGAUGGCUCAAAAGGGGACGUCAACGUGCACAAGUUCUUCAUCUUCCUAGGUGUCUUACUGUUCACGACAGGGCUCAUCGGAUGCUUCGCAUUGCGAAUCGUGGACGAGGAAGAGCUGAUAGAAGACGCCGUGGAAGAACUGGAGCAGAGUGGUUUCUUGGACGAAAGUCAAUACUUCCAUCGUCUGCUCCGGGAAAGACAAGAGUCAGAAGGAUACGGCACAUUGACUGAUUCUGUCGUGGAAGAAAUCAGUCGCAAGGCGGACGAGAUGAAGGCGAAGAAAGCGGAGGAGCAGCGCAUGAAGACAUGGCUGCUCAAUGCGGAGACGAGACGCUUCCUGAGCGACAAAACCAUGUGGUGGCUCGCAGCUGGUUUCCUGCUCGUCACUGGCCCUGGAGAAGCCUUUAUCAACAACCUCGGCACCAUUAUCGACACUUUCUAUCCUCCUAUAUCAAUUCCGGAAGGCGGCAAUCCAACUAGCGCCGCGACGCACGUUUCCAUUGUCGCAGUCAUGUCGACCAUCGCACGUAUCCUCACCGGCACCCUCACCGAUAUCCUCGCACCGACUUCCGUCCCACACCAACAUCGACGUGGCCCUAACAGCCUGGCAAACAGUCUCUCCUCACUUCCGCCCCCUCUACCGACGGAGAAGAAAUUCUUCGAACUAUCACGCAUAACCUUUCUUAUCGCCUUUUGCAUCCUGAUGAGCGUAGGUCAAGUAGUCCUUGCCACAGGCUUCAUUCAAGAGCAUGCUGAACGCUUCUGGAUCGUGUCAGCUUCCAUCGGUGCCGGCUACGGAGCAGCAUUCAGUCUGACACCGAUCAUCGUCAGUGUGAUUUGGGGUGUCGAGAACUUCGGCACCAAUUGGGGGAUCUGCGCCAUGAUGCCAGCCAUAGGCGCAACGAUCUGGGGACUUGUGUAUAGCGGUGUCUAUCAAUGGGCAGCAGAUCUGAAUACUGUUGAGGGGUCCGAUAUGGUUGAAGACAAGCUGUGCUAUGGAGUCAGGUGCUAUGCUCCUACAUUCUGGGCAAUGGCAAUCAGCGUCUGGCUGGCCUGUGGACUUUGGUUCUGGGCAUGGCGUGGACCUGGUGGGUGGCAGAAGAGAGGCAUAGCUGUUUAAAGCUGCAGAGAACCUAGCAACAACAAACCAAUUCCAUCCAAAGCCAUCAUUGCAUUAUAUAUUAUGCCAGAUGCCCGCAGGGCGCAGAUGCGCGAACAGGAAGCUGCGCCUCAUCUCAUCAACAAAGUGCUAUACCAAAAGAUUGGCGCCAAGGGAUUGAGAUGGGAGACGUGAGCCAAG